AUGGAGGAGAAGAAAGCAGCGGACAAUCGCAUCAGCGUCACGAGGACGGCCGAGGAUCUGAGCCUCAGUGACGAUGAAGACUAUGCCGACGAGAGCGGGUUCGAGGCGAACUCCUCGAUUGGUGGCUCCCAGUCCGCGAGCACGGAAAAGCUGAACCUGGCCAAGAGAGAGACACAGGCCGUCUUCAAGCUGCGUCUGCUCGUCUUUGUCGUCUUGUCGCUUGCUGCCGUGGCCGUCUCCAUCAUUGUCUUUCUCGUCACCAAGAACGCCGAGAAGGAUGAAUACCGGAAUCAGUACGACGCGGCGGCUCAGAAGGUGGUCGAGUCUUUCAUUGACAUUGUCAACUCCAAGCUCCAGGCCGUGUCCAGUCUCGGGGUCGCCAUGAUUGCUCAUGGAGUCGAUCACUACCGUCAAUGGCCAUUUGUCACCUUGUCUAGCUUCCAACAACGUACCUCCACGGCAAGGGCUCAGUCGGGUGCUCUCUACGUGCAUGUGAACCCAAUGGUCCGCGAAGCAGAUCGGAAAGGCUGGGAAGAGUUUGUCGUGACGGAGGAGAACUAUUGGAUCACCCAAGGCUUGGAGUACCAAGAGAACGUGGGCCUGUUGGACUUUUCCAGCAAGACAGAUAUCAGCCCCAUGUUGAACUCGAUGGACGCGUAUCCGAUCUGGGUCCGCGACGAAGACGGCGUGCCGGUUAAGGAUACUGCGGGUGCCCCAUACAUGCCAACUUGGCAAACGAGCCCCGUCUACCAUGGCGGAGCCACUCUCAACGAGAACUUGUUGCAGAAUUCCUUGUCAUCCAAGGGCCUCAACGCUUCCUUCUAUUCUUCCUCUGUUGUCAUUGGAGACAUGCUCACUGCUCCACCAGGCGGCAUGGAUUCAAACAACAGUCACUCGGCCAUGAUGGCUCUCAUGCUCAGCACUGCCCAUAACAAGACGGAGCAGUACGAAGGUGAUCCCAUGAGUCAAGUCUUCUUUCCCAUCUUCAACUCCUUUGAAGACGACCGCGAGCCUGUUGCCGUCAUGGUGGCAUGGAUCUCCUGGAUUUCCUACUUCCAAGACCAGCUCCCCAAGAGUUUGCAAGGCGUCCAUGUUGUUCUUCACAGCACUUGCUCUGGAGACUUUACCUAUGAAAUCAACGGAGAAGAGGUCCGUUAUCUUGGAAGGGGUGACCUCCACGAAGAAAUAUUUGACGACAUGAAGCAAUCGGCCACCUUUGAGUCCUUGGAAAACAUUGGGGAUGGAACCAAGACCGGACUGCCAUUGAACAAGGACGAGUGCAUGAUGAGCAUUGAUGUGUACCCCUCCACCAAGUUCUACGAGGCCUACAACACCAGCACACCCAUUGUCAUGACGUUUGUUACGGCCUGCGUCUUUGUCUUCACGGUCUGCAUGUUCUUGCUCUAUGACCGCCUCGUCGAGCGUCGUCAGGCGCUUGUCAUGCAAAAGGCCGUCGAAUCCAAUGCCAUUGUCACUUCAUUGUUCCCCGAGAAUGUCAGGGAUAGGCUCGUCCAGAUGAACAACGACAGCAAAAAGGACAAGGAAGGAGGUGCCUUUGGACUCCGCCAGAGCCACCGUCUCAAGGCUCAUUUGAGGGGUGCAGAGGACGAUGGCAGCAACGAGGCUCCCAUUGCUGAUCUUUUCCCUCGUUGCACUGUGCUCUUUGCCGACAUUGCUGGUUUUACAGCUUGGAGUUCCACUCGAAGCCCAGAACAAGUGUUCACCCUUCUCCAGACUGUGUAUCAAGCAUUUGAUAAGAUUGCCAAGCGGAGAAAAGUAUUCAAGGUCGAAACUAUUGGUGACAGCUAUCUUGCUGUCUGCGGACUCCCUGAACCCCAACCUGAACAUGCUAUUAUCAUGGUGAAAUUUGCCUGGGAUUGCCUUCAAAAGAUGCAUGAAGUGACUAGAGAGCUUGAGUGCUCCCUUGGACCCGACACUGGAGACCUGGCAAUGAGAUUUGGGCUUCACUCUGGGCCUGUGACGGCGGGAGUGCUUCGAGGUGAACGUGCCAGGUUCCAGUUGUUUGGUGAUACAGUCAACACUGCUUCGAGAAUGGAGAGCACCGGGGAGCGCGGCAAAAUCCAGGUCUCUCAAGACACGGCCGAUCUAAUCAAGGAGUCAUGCAGGGAUCAUUGGCUUGUUCCUCGCGAGGACAAAGUCUCCGCAAAGGGCAAGGGCAUGCUUCAGACCUACUGGAUCUUGAACCCCACCAAGCAGAAAGACAGUUCAAGCUUCGAAGGCUCAGGUGAAGGUGAAAGCAGAAGUGAGCAUAUGGGUGACAUCAGUACAAGGCAUUCCAUCUCUCGUUCUGUGAGAAAGGAGCCGAAGAACCAGCGCUUGAUCGAAUGGAUGGUGGAUCUCCUUAUGGACGAUGUCAAGAAGAUUGUCCACAUUCGUCGUCAGUUUGGACAAAAAGAGAGCAAAACGCCCCUCGCACAUGUCCCAGCUGAAGGUACAACUUGCAUGGACGAAGUCAAGACAUCCAUUGAAAUGGCUAAGUUUAAUGCGAAGAAGGCGUCGUCCUUCACGGCAGAUUACAGCAACGUGAAAAUCGACUCUUCCGUUGUCGACUCGUUGCGUGAAUUCGUCGGUAUCAUUGCCUCCAAGUAUCGCGACAACCCAUUCCACAACUUUGAACAUGCUUGCCAUGUCACAAUGUCUGUGAAGAAGCUCCUGAAGAGGAUCAUGGUAGCUCCGGAACUCACUCCUGCCGAGGUCGCCAAGCUCAAGAAGAAUCCAAACAAUCUUGCCUCCCGCCUCCACGACAGCACAUACGGGAUUACUUCCGAUCCACUUGCCAUGUUGGCCAUCAGUAUGAGCGCCUUGAUUCAUGACGUUGACCAUCGCGGCGUCUCCAACAUGCAGCUGUCCACCGAAGACAAAGAGCUUGGCGACAGAUACUCCAACAAGUCCGUUGCCGAACAGAACUCACUGGAUCUCUCGUGGGAGAUCCUCAUGGAAGACCGCUUUGAUGCAUUGAGGCGCUGCCUGUUCACGUCCCAAGCAGAGCUCCUACGCUUCCGCCAAAUCGUUGUUAACAUGGUGCUUGCCACUGACAUUUUUGACAAGGAGCUCAAUGGACUACGCAAGAACCGUUGGGAGAAGGCAUUUGAUGAACGCGGAGGCUCCAACGACAGCAACUUGCGUGCGACAAUUGUCAUUGAGCACGUCAUCCAAGCUUCCGAUGUCUCGCACACAAUGCAGCACUGGCAUGUGUAUCAAAAGUGGAACCGCUUCCUGUUCCUUGAGAUGCACAAAGCCUAUUGCCAAGGCCGCAUGGCCAAGGACCCCAGCACUUUCUGGUACCAGGGUGAGAUUGGCUUCUUUGACAACUAUGUCAUCCCUCUGGCAAAGAAGUUGAAGGAAUGUGGCGUCUUUGGAGUCAGCAGUGAUGAGUACUUGAACUAUGCCAUUCAGAACAGGAACGAAUGGGAAGAGCGCGGACAGUCCAUUGUGAAGGGACUGGUUCAAGAGGCUCUUGCGUGCUUGGAGGAGCAAGAAGUGUAA